CCGACUUGGGAGGAUGAUGUCCUUCCUCUUAUUACAUCUCCCAACUGGGUCAAAGGCGAUCCAGCCAAGAAAGGAGCGGGUUGGAUCAAAGCAAUGAAAUAUUGGGGCGCAAACCACUGGAGCCUAGACUCCUACGACGACGUGAAGCAGAGAGUCGUCAGCAUCUAUCGCCAUCUCCGGUCGGAGUCAAUGCCAGUCACCGACGAUCCCCAAGACUACUGGCCCGAGACCGCACUAGAGGUGCUGAGGAACUGGGCCAACGGAGGCUUUCCCAAGGCCAAAUCCGAUAUUCCAGUGCCCAAGAUGAUCAUUCCCAAGCCCGUGGAGCCGCGGAAGACGUACAAAGUCAGGGAGGACAUCAUGAGCCUGUCAAAGGCCAGGCUCGCCGAGUAUCAGGCUAAGCUUGAUGAUGUUCUCAAGGUUGGCGUGCUUGGAUCGAGAUGGCAGGAACUUGGACUAUUGCAUGCUGAAUGGUGUUUGCACUAUCAAGAAGCCACCUUUUUGUGGCACAGAGCCUUCCUCCGUUACGUCGAACAGCUCAUUGACUUUCCAAUCCCGUAUUGGAACGGCUACUCUGUCGCCUCUGCCGAUCCAGAUUCACCUCACGCAGGGAUCCCGCCAUGCUUCUUCGAAGAGACCUACGUCCACCCCAAAGACGGCAGCAUUCGCCCCAAUCCCCUCAAGUAUGCGCUGUCUCUUGAUGGAAAGUCUGCCGACGGAACGAGUCAGUAUGUGACGCGAGACAAGAUCCUGGCAGAGGGGCCAUCCUCGGCCAAAUGGACCAACAAGAUCUGCAUGAUGAAGCUCUAUCAUGAACAGAUUACAAACGCGUUGAAACAGUCGACCUUUACCUCGUCGGAGACUGAGGAGCAUUUUGGCAUUCCCUGGGCCAACAUCCCAACCUUUUCGGAGAACCAGCCGGAUGGCCUGUAUCCUCAUCGCUUCGACUUUGACGGGCUAUUUGAGCAAGUUCACGACAACUUUCACGGCUGGACAGGCCCCGAUAUGGCUGACAAUACCUACACGGCAUUCGACCCCAUCUUCCUGUCCUACCACGCCAACAUGGAUCGACUGGCGGGCAUGUUCAUCGAGUCUCACCCCGAAAAUCACUUCACUGCCAACUUCCCUCUUCAGCCCUUCAUCGACAAUGGCACGAACCUAAGCUACGAUGAUCCUCGCCGCUGGAUAUACACGACCAUCGGCGACAUGGCAAAGGAUACACGAGCCUUGGGAUACAUGUACGGAAUGCCCGUCAGCCCAGACGUUUACAGGCCGCCGUCGAUUGUCGAACGCAGAGUGCGUAAUCUGCGUCCUUCUGGCGGCCGCGCCAUCUACAUCCCAAAGGGGGCCGGCAUCAGCGGAGGUUGUGACAACGCAACAUCCACAACCAACGGUGUCAAGACCUCCAGCGCAGAAGCUGUUGUCAAGGUUCCUUUUGUGGUCUUUACUGAUGUCGGCUGCACGGCCUCAAGUUACCGCAUCGACGUCUUCGCCCCCAAAGCACAGUCCAUGACCCCAGAUGUUCUCGAGAACCCAGACUUCAUUGGCCAGAUCACUCGCGUGGGUAUGGGUCCUGGUAGAGCAGGAGUUGGGCUGCGGAACUCGGGUCGAUGCCGAAAACCUGCUGCAUCGAGGGUCUUGAACGCGGAGAGGUUUGCGGACCAACUGGCCGCUGAGGAGCGAGUGCAGGUUGUUGUGACAGACUUGCAGGACGGGAAGCAGUUGACUGAAGAAGAUUACAAGAAGUUGCCUGGAUUUGAGCCAAAGAUUAUGUGGUUGCCAGGGGCUUAG